AUGGCGGCGCCCGCAUACCCCGAUCCCGCCAGCUCCCUCGCUGCCCAGCGAUCCACUGUCAACGGAGUUCCCCCACGCCGCCGUCAGACCAAGCACGUUGUACCAACAGCUCCAGCUCCAGCUCCAGCUCCAGCUCCGGCUCCAGCUCCGGCUCCGGCCGAACCCGCGUCUAACGGCCGUAUACGACACGACAAUGUCCAACCCACCCACACGCGCAAGAAGCCGCGCUCACUCUUACGACGCCUGAAAAGGCGCGCGAUCAAGCAUACCUGGUCUAUCCCACUACUCUUGCUCGUCGCAUUCGCCUCGCUCUACGCCCUAGACCCGACCGAGUCCAACAUACUCCACCGCUUCAUCUUCCUCUCCUACCGCCAGGACCCGGCCCCGGGCAGUGUCCCGGGUGCCGCAGCACAAUAUGGCAAGGGCCUAUGGGAUAUCGCCUUCGUAGCCUUUUACACGAUCGUAUUAACCUUCACCCGCGAAUUCAUCAUGCAAGAACUCCUGCAACCGCUCGCGCGCGUCGCGGGCAUCAAAUCCCGCGGCAAACAGCUGCGGUUCAUGGAGCAAAUGUAUACGGCGAUCUACUUUGGGAUUUCCGGCCCAGUCGGCUUGUAUGUGAUGCGGCAGACGCCGGUGUGGUAUUUUAACACCAGGGGCAUGUAUGAGUUAUUUCCGCAUCGGACGCACGAGGCGGCGUUCAAGUUCUAUUAUCUGUUCGAGGCGGCGUAUUGGGCGCAGCAGGCGCUCGUGAUGAUCUUGGGGAUGGAGAAGCCUAGGAAGGAUUUCAGGGAGCUGGUCGCGCAUCAUAUCGUUACUUUGGCGUUGAUCGGGCUGAGCUAUCGGUUUCAUUUCACGUAUAUCGGUAUUGCCGUGUACAUCACGCAUGAUAUCAGUGAUUUCUUCCUAGCGGUCUCCAAAUCCUUCCACUAUAUCGAUUCCGAACUCGUCAUCCCCUUCUACGCCCUUAAUGUCGGCACCUGGAUCUAUCUGCGGCACUACCUGAACCUGCGCAUCCUCUGGUCGCUAUUGACCGAGUUCCGCACCGUGGGUCCCUACGAAUUAAACUGGGAGACGCAACAGUAUAAAUGCUGGAUCUCGAAUAUCAUCACUUUCGCUUUGCUGGCGAUGCUGCAGAGUCUCAAUCUCUUCUGGUUGUAUUGUUUGCUGCGCAGUGCGUGGAAGUUUAUCUCGACGGGGGAGAAGAAGGACGAUCGGUCGGAGGAUGAGUCGCAGGGAGAGGAGGUUGUGGGCAGUCAGAAUGGGGCUGCGAAGGGCCAUUAG